CGGGAUGAGUCAGGCUAUAUGAUGCUACUGGUGCCGCUGCCAUUUCAUCAGCGAAAUUUCCAAACAUUUCUCCAUCUUCAACAAAUGGGAUAAAAAAGGAGCGGGAUUAAAACAAUAAAACCGAGCGCAAAAGUCGGAAGUAGAUUACAGUUGUUUUUAUUUUCCUCCCGACGUCGAAGAGCAGAAUUAAAAAGGACGUGCUGAAAUCAGAUCCAGCCAAUUCCUCGCGGUGCGACUGACUGGUUUCUGCCCGUUGUUAUUAACACGAACAGAUCGCCGUAAAAAGGAUCUGCUGCGUUGUUUUCCUGGGCAAAUGUGCGAUUAAGCGUGUUCUUCAUCGAGGACUGCUGGUUCACGGUGUAUUUUUUCACAGAAAAGACUGUCCCUUCCAUACCAUGGAGUUUGCUGUUCUCGAGCUCUGAAAGACCAACCCGCGCACCGCUUACAGGAGACAUGGAGGCGAUAUGGCUGUACCAGUUCCGGCUGAUCGUGAUCGGCGACUCCACCGUGGGCAAGUCCUGCCUGAUCCGGCGGUUCACGGAGGGACGCUUCGCCCAGGUGUCCGACCCCACGGUUGGCGUGGAUUUCUUCUCGCGUCUGGUUGAGAUAGAGCCAGGAAAGCGCAUUAAACUUCAGAUCUGGGACACCGCGGGCCAGGAACGCUUCAGGUCCAUCACCCGGGCCUACUACCGCAAUUCGGUGGGCGGCCUGCUGCUCUUCGACAUCACCAACCGGCGCUCCUUCCAGAACGUGCACGAGUGGCUGGAGGAGGCGCGCAGCCACGUGCAGCCGCACGGCAUCGUCUUCCUGCUGGUGGGCCACAAGUGCGACCUGGAGGCGCAGCGGCAGGUCACCCGGCAGGAGGCCGAGAAACUGGCGGGCGCCUACGGCAUGCGCUACGUGGAGACGUCGGCCCGCGAUGCCAUCAACGUGGAGAAGGCCUUCACGGACCUGACGCGGGACAUCUUCGAGCUGGUCAAGCGCGGGGACAUCACCAUCCAGGAGGGCUGGGAGGGAGUCAAGAGCGGCUUCGUGCCCAACGUGGUCCACUCCUCCGAGGAGGUCACCAAGAGUGACCGCAGGUGCUUCUGCUGAUCGUGCUGCUCCCGAUCCGACACGCUCGCUCCCGCCUCUGCGCACGCCUGCCUGUUGACGUUUCUGUUGGCUGCUGUCUUUGCGACCCGCCCAAACCACCAUCUAAAACCGUGGACAGCCCCAUCAUCCUCAGUUUUCAGAGUUCCACCCCAGAUCUCUCUUUCCUGGAUACUCGUCCUCCAUCCUCUCGCCUGACCGGGCGUCCCUCUCCUAUUCGCCCCGUCCCAUCUGGUGCGAGGAUGGCACACGUACAGGGGAAUUCUGCGAAGCAGGAGCGAGGGGUGGUUCCGUGUCUCCGGGAUAAGGCCUGCUCUGGGCUGACAGCAUGCCAAUCAAACUUGCCUGUUUUUAAUGACUUUUCCUCCCCCCACUGUCAAACCUUGGCCCGAACCCGGUAUGUAUGGGCGCCCGGAGGGUGUGGUGGCUUUUCGGACUUGGACUGAGACACAUGGUUAGAGACAACCUGCUGUUAACCACAUCGCAUGAACUGGACAGUGGGUGUGUGGGAGCGAGAAACGAGAGGGCAGAGUGAAACUACAUUUCCCAGCAUCCAUAGCCAACAAUCAAGGCCCAUGUUGCAGAAGGACCAUCAUCAGAUCAGCAUACUAUAGGUUAAAGUUACAGAACCUAAGAUCAAACGACAAGCGAAGACCAAUGAAACAAGAGGUGCGUAAAAAUACAGCUGUCAAAAGUAUAUUAUCCAAGAAUGUGUUAAGAAUGACUGAAAAUGCACAAACUGUCGAAGCGCCCGGCAGGAUGUUAAUCUGACAUGUGCGCCGGUCACACACCUCACCUGGAGUUUCAGGUGGGAACAGGUGGCUAAAUGAGAGGAGACUCGAGCGACCGCAGCCCCACAGACCAAAAACGGGACCCCGUUGAACACGGCGAGAGCGGUCGUCAGCGGCGCGAGCCAAAUGUUGUCAAGGUUGAUAGUGGAACUCAUCUGCCCUGGAGAUGCCCCAUGUUCACCCUCAGAGACACCACGCCAGCACCCCACCCCUCCUGCUUGAAAUAUCUCAGUCCCAGCAACGAACUGUCUCCGCAAACCAUUUGGUCAGCUUUGUAGUCUCAUCUCGCAAACCGGUCUCCGUUCCAUAGAUGCAGAGAAGAGAAAACCUGUGAGCUUUAUUUAAAAAAACUAUUUUUUGGCGUGCCUGGAUUUGUGAACUCUUGGCCACACCCUCCUGUUUUAAUGUACCUGUUCAUUUGCCAUGCAAGCAGGACCACUCCAUUACCAGCAUUGCUUGUUCCGGGUUGGGCAACCACCUCUGCUCUUCAAAGCUUCCCCAGCGCCCCACCACCUCCGAGUCCACAGCCAUGCAGAGGUCACAUGACCUGCCCCGGUGUCGCAGCUGGCAUGAACAUAUAGCCACUUGAGGGUUACAGCCAUCAUGCCCGAUGUGGUAAAGGGGUUCAUCAAUCCAUCAGCCAUCGUAAUCCAAAGAAAUAUAGACUUUGUGGUGUUCUGAGUGGACUGUGAUUAAAGUAUGCUGUUUUCAUGAUCUGGUUCAGAUAUAUAUCUAUAGAUAUAUAUAUAUAUCUCAGAUCUUGUAUUUUAAAGGGGGGGAACAUAAAGGCGAUGCUGAGGACUAAAGAGAGACGUUUUACCUGAAUGGUUUAUCUUUCUUCAACUUAAUUUGGCCACCGAGGCUGUCGGUUGCAGACACACAGAAAGAACCAUAGUUCCCAAUCCAAACGAUGAAAA